GUUGCUCACGUUCGCUAGGUUCUUUUAAGUCGAAUCGAACCAUGUCAAGAUUAUUACAAAAAAUCAUAAAAGUUACAAAUGUAACUCCUACAAAGUCCAUUCGUACAUGCAGUACAAAUUUAAGUCACCAGAAAUCAUUGAAUGCCGAAGAAGAAUUUCGCGUAUUAGAAAUUCCUGGCUGGACAAAAGUUGAAGAAUCGACUAAAAGGUAUGUUAGAAGGAAGAGGAUAGCUCCACCACCGAGAGCUGACAGCUUGCCAAUGGACUCGGAUUGGACAGAUGUCUGGCCUACUGCAAGCUCUUUUAAAUGGUCUGUUGUACCCUUCCCCAUUAGGCAAGGGUAUAUUAGGAAAAUGUGCGAAAACGAAGGUAUAGUCCCAGGAAAGUACGGUAAUGCCGAAUUGAUGAAGAUUCCUAAUUUUCUUCACUUAACACCUGCUCAUAUUCGAAAACAUUGCGCUGCAUUGAAAGCCUUUUGUACACCUUGGCCUAAUGAAUUGGAUACUGAUGAGAAGUGUCAAGUAAAUUUUCCUAUUAAAAUAACAACUCGAGAUUACUGUAAAGAUGGACAUUCCAUUCGCGAUGAACGAUCCCGUCUGGUAACGAUGACAGUUGCUCUUAGCGAUUUGGAUUUAGAUGAGCAUGCCAAAGAUAAGAUAAAACGUUUGGUUGGAAACAGAUACAAUGAAGUAACAGAUGUAAUUACGAUAGAAACUGAUCAGUGCCCUACAAAGAAGCAAAAUUUUGAUUAUGCUUUUUACUUGUUAAGCGCUUGCUAUAGUGAAGCAUGGAAGACUGAGCAAUGGGAAAGCGAUAUUACUGAAGAGGACCAAGCCGGGUUCCGGUGGAGCUCUUCUGAAUCUAAGUUAGCGGUUGAUAAAGCAUUGUCGGGAAUGAAAAACUCUGACAAUCAAGAAAAUAUCGUAAAAAAUUAUGCCGACGCUGUUAGUGACAUUUUUAAUAUCGGUGAAAGUGAAGAAAAUUACGAUCGAAUGGAAGACGCUGCCACAAAAUUGUUAUUUCGAUGA